AUGGCGGAGAUCACCCUCCGGAUCAAGCCCACAACGGGCUCUCCGCCCUUCGAGGUGAAGACGACGAGGGAGGCCACGGUCGGUGAUCUCAAGACGGAAGUCGCCAGGGCCUGCGACUCCCCUGCAGACCUGAUCCGACUCAUCUACAAGGGGCAAGUGUUGAAAGAUCAUGCCACAGUGGAGAGCUAUGGCCUUGAACACGACCACGUGGUGCACAUGGUCAAGAGCAAGGGUCCGCCUGUGAACAGCUCCAGCACGACAGCCCAGCCGGCGGCAGGCGCCCCAGCCGGGGCUGCUCCCUCCGCGGGUGGGGCCAUCCCUUCGGCGGCGCCCUUUGGCAUGGAGGGCUUGCCGGGGGGCGCCGCCCAGGCCGACGCGCUGCGCGCUGCGCUAGCCAACCCUGCCAUGCAGAGCCUGCUGAGCAACCCCGACUUCAUGCGGGACAUGGUGAGCAACAACCCCAUGCUGCGCCGCAUGACGGAGGCCAACCCGCAGGUUGCCCAAGUGCUGAAUGACCCGGCCAUGCUCCAGGACAUAGUGCGCAUCAUGGGCAACCCGAGCCUGAUGCGGGAGCACACACGCAACAUGGACCGCGCCAUGAGCAACCUGGAGAGCAUGCCCGGGGGGUUCAACGCUCUGCGCCAGGUCCACGAACAGAUACAGCCAAUUUUGAAUGCGGCGGGGCAUGGCGAAGAGGCCGACGCAGGGGCCAGCCCUGCGGAUGCCAAUCCCUUUGCAUCCCUGUUUGCUGCUCCUGGGAGGGGGGCGCCGGCCACGACGCCCGCCGCCACAGGCGGGGACGCCGGCGGGGCCGUGCCGCUGCCCAACCCCUGGGGCGCGCCGGCGGGUGCCGCGCCAGGCGCAGGGGCAGCCACCGGCGGGCUGCCCCCGCUGGGCAUGUUUGGCGGCGGCGGGGACGGCGGCGGCCUGAACGAGGCGCUGUCGGCCUUCAUGCGCGACCCGGCAAUGAUGGCGGCCGCGCAGCAGCAGAUGCGCGCCAUGCUGGCCACGCCGGAGGGGCGAUCCCAGUUCCAGUCCAUGAUGGAGAGCCACCCCAUGGCCGCGGGGCUGCGCCAGAACCCGGAGAUGCGCGCCGCGCUGGCCAAUCCGGACAUGCUGGCGGCCAUGAUGGACCCGGCCAACAUGGCGGCCAUGCAGCAGAUGCAGGAGGCCAUGCAGCGGCUGUCGGGCGGGCCCCUGGGCAGCCUGUUCGGGGGGCCGACCGCGGGCGCAGGCGGGAUGGAGGCCAUGCUCGCGGGGAUGGGCGGGGCGGCGGGGUCUGCGGUGCCUGCUCCGCCCGCCAAUCCAGAGGCCACGUACGCCACGCAGCUGCAGCAGCUGCAGGACAUGGGGUUCUAUGACCGGGAGGCCAACCUACGGGCCCUGGUGGCUAGCAGCGGCAACGUGCACGCGGCCGUGGAGCGCCUGCUCGCCAGCUUCUGA